CAUCCCCCUCUUUUCCCAAGCUAUCCAUUUAAAGGGCAAAGAGAAGGUUACUCUCAUUCCCAUCAAGUUUGCUUCCAGGUCUCUUGGUAUAGCCUAUAGACCUUGCACCUCUCAUUGCCAGGGUCAGGGCACCAAAAUGGACCUGAAAGGGAAAGGUCUCUUUUAUGGAGAUGACAAAUUCCCUACUGAGUAUGACGAUGGGACUGUCAAUUGUGCAUUGAGGUUGGGAUCUACUCCCACCUUGAAAUUGCAAUCAGCAGGGGAAGCAACACUUCGCCAACCACAGGUCCUGCAUCGGGCAACAAAAUAUCCAGAAGAGUCUUCUGACAUAGAUUGUACACUGAGGUUGGGCUAUAAAGUUGAGACACCACUGCAGCCAUCAAAAACUGAACAACAUCGAGAGCCCAGAAUGAAGGGACCACCAGCCACUUACCAGGUCCCCAGGAUAUUAUGCAAUGAUUGUCGGAUUCUCUUAAGAAAGGAGCUGGAGAAACGUGCUGAGGCUUACAAUCUCCUUGCCCAGAGGAAGAAUAAUGAAGAGGCUGGAAAUAGGUCCAUGACUUAGUUUCUUCUGCAGUAUAUUUGGGAUGAAAACAAUUUGAAAUAAAUAAAGACCUGUAUGGAUGUAAUAAGUAUGCUUACUUUAAAAAAAUCUAGUUUUGUUUUCGA